GACGCCGGCGCACAGUGUGAGACCCGGAUUUGAAAGAUGUGGAGGACCGUAGCUUUCGUCGCGCUCGCGGCCACCUGCCUCGCUCUGCCCGCCCAAGAGGCAGGCCACUCGGAUAACGACAUCGAGGGAAUCGGAGACUGCCUCAGAAAGGAUUCCACAACAUGCCUCAAGUACAAAUUCUUCUCGUUCGUGGACAAGAUGAUCGGACAAAAGGAAACCUUCGCGUUGACCGAUGGCGUCACAGUGGUCAGAGCGUCAGAUGUUCCUGCUGAAACUGGUGCACCCAGAUCCAUGGAUCCGAUUACCAGGUUGAAGAAUUACUUCGAGACGCAUUCUCUGCGGGUCGAGGUCAAAGGUGCGGAUGUAAUCGAUGCGGUGUCAAGUGCAGGUCGCGCGUUAGAAGAUACAGUGUCGAAUUUCGUCGAAGAUGACACCGAGGAAGGCAGAGGGAAGAAAAAGAAAGCGGCGAAGCUACUAGGACCUCUAAUGGCGGCUUUGGCUAUGAAGCUGAUGGCUUUGACGCCUCUCGCGAUUGGAGCGAUCGCGCUCAUAGCUGGCAAGGCGUUGUUGAUCGGGAAAUUGGCUCUGGUGCUGUCAGCGAUAAUUGGUUUGAAGAAGCUUCUGUCUCAGCAAAAGCAUGUGACCUACGAAGUGGUGGCCCACCCUCACCACACUUCGAGUCAUACUUCAAGCCAUGACUACGGCGGUACCAGUGGCUAUGGUGGGGACUCCGGUGGCUACAGCAGCGGCGGUGGCGGUGGCGGCCACGGUGGCGGCUGGGGCAGAUCUAUGGACGCUCAAGCUUUAGCGUACUCAGCUCAGAAGCCUCAAUAACUGCGUCCUACAUUUACGUCCCCCUUUAAGCGAUUUCACUUGAUUGUUUACAACUUUAUCCGUGUGAAAGAGUGAUGUACGACUGUAUUUAUUAUGACUGUGUUUAGUUAAGUCCUUUUUCUUUUGCCAUUCCACUCGAUAUCAUAGUCAUUAUUUAUUUUCUUCGACCUUAUAGGUCGCUCGUGUAGCUAUUUUCAUAGUGUAUUUAUCUAAGACUUAUGUAUAUACGACUUUUUUCGACUGUAUUAGUAUUAUCUAGAUAUAGCAAUCUAUAUAUUGGUUAUCAAAACCAGUACCUGGCUUUAAUAUUGUAAGUGUUAUGUAAGAUAUAUUGAACUGUUUUUGUAUAUAUUAUGAGUAUUUUAUAAUCAUGUCAUCCUAAGGGGUCAUGAAUAUUUAUAUAAUUCAUUCAUUAUUGAAAUAUACGAAUCAUUAUUUAUCUCAUUAAUAAUA